AUGUCAGAUAAGACAGAAUUGGCUGCUACUCCCAGGCAAAUACUACUAGACAACAGACUCAGGCAAGCCAAAUUAGACCAGAACCACUACCAGCAGCACUGGAUGUCAGGAGAACGAUAUGAGAACCACUGGCUGAAGAACCAACACGAAGUGAAUGCCUGUACCGUCCAGGCCAAUGAUGGCACCAACUCCCCAGACCAGUCUGACGUGUUUGUGGACGCGGAGCUGCCAUGGCUGGAUUACAUGGAGGAGCCCAGGGAUUCACUGCUGGAUAUACUGCUGUCACGGUCCCGUAGGGAUACGGGCAACUCGACUAGUGGGGACAAAAGUAUAUGGCAGAAAAUAGAGGAGUUCUACUCCGACAAAAACAACAUGGCUAUGUACUGUGUGCUGCCUGUUCUGAUCCUCAUCUACGGAGGCUGUAGCGCCAUCUACUGCAUACACAAGUGCCGGGUCUACCUCAGGAGGAGGAAACACAAGAGGCUGAAAGAGGAGGACUGUGAUUCGCUCAACUCGGACAAAACUGACCAAUCCAAGGAGGAGGACGAGGUCCCGACACGCCCCAUCAGCCAAAUCAGUCAAGCGUGGGUGGACAUGAACAACGACUCAAAGGGCAAAUGGUCGGGCCAGACGGAGGGGGCGCCUAACGGCAUCUCAUCACCUCUGCCGUGGUUAGUACAGGACAAGGCGGCGGCUGCAUCGGCCUUAGGACAAAAGACCAACGGUGGGGCGUGCUACCUGCCGGACAAACUAAAGGACGAGGACAUUCUCCUGGAGGAGGGUAGGAGGACCCAGUCGUCUGGUAACUCUCACAGCAGACGACCCGGAAGUAAAGGAUCGUUCCUGGAGGACAAACUCAGCGAGGAACAUAAGAGAUAUAGUGACUUUUUAAUCUAUGCUACUGCUCAACUUCUUUAA